GAGAGCAUGUGGAACUCGAGAAGUUACCUUACAAUCAUAUCCGCGCUGUUUACGCUCUCGGCGAUGAGCGCGGGCCCGUGCUCCGACCUGCGGACGCAAUGGCUGCGUGGACCUCGAGAUAUUCCACUGCGGGUGAAAGGCGAUGAGAUGCCCGUGACGGUGCUAGGCGAGGGCGGGGCGCCACGAGCUGCCGCUGCACUGCUGCUGGUGACCAUAAGAGACGUCCUCGGCUUCUCGGCGCAUCUCGAACUGGCUACAGCUAAUCUAUGCGAUCUCGCCGCGCGCACGAAUUAUUUGCGAAGUAUAGCCGUAGUGGCACCAGUGGCUUACUGGCCCAGCAAAGGAUGCAACGCCAGGAACCACCACGUUGAUAUGGUGACCACCCUGGCUUUACCAGCUUCUGAAUUUUCUAUACAUUUGCUGGCUCGCGUGUCUCGUGAGACGUGCAAAGAUUUAAUUAGCAACUUAACUUUUUACUUAAGCUCUGCUAUUCUUAAUAAUUGUGGUUUCAUAGAAUCUAAAACCAUUUCAACACAAAAUAGGGAUUGCGAGAAAUGCUUUGCUGUGUUGGCACGCAAUGAAAGUGAACACGAUAUCGGAGUUGCGAUAGAGUUGCAGCGGCGGAUCAGAGACUCGAAGCUGCCGCUACAGAUUGUAUACUUCCAAACUGACUUACACUUGCGUACAAAAAUUUUGCAAUUGCAACAACAAAACAGAUCCUUCCUUUUUCUUGAUGAAAACAUUUGGACAAGCAAGCCAAACAUAUUGCCUGUUCAGCUUCCAUUAUGUGUUAAUACUGCUGGUUGCUUCCCUUACGCGCUUGAUCCUAGUAAAGCUGUACGCGUUGGUAAUGGAGAGUUUAUGAAACGUUUCGCACCACCGAUAUCGAAUUUUGUAAAUCGUUUUGGACCUGAAACUACAGAUCUUCGAGGAAUAAUUGAAAACGAAAUAUAUUUAAAAAAUAUCUCCAAUAUCGAAGAAGCAGCCUGCUCGUGGGCGUUACAAAAUAAAAAUAAAAUUGAAAACUGGACUAAUAGUACAAAUGAUAACCACCUACCUGUUUACAUUUUUCAAAUAUAUAUUUGCGAGGACGAUCCAGACCUCGAAGAAUACCUAAAGGUUAUUAAUAUUGCAGCAUACUUACUAAGGGCUGACAUACAAGAAGUCGACUACAAUUUAUGGUUAAUGAAGAUUAAUUGUGUUGAUAGUCAAAAUAUUACAUUGCAAAUUAUGGAACUGGCUCGUAAACAGCAAGUAGCCGGAGCCAUAGCAAUGGGUUUGAUGGUAACAGAUGCGGCGGCAAGAGCCGCUGACAACGGCCAACUACCGCUAAUGCUAGCAGGCCCCACCUUACCGGAAGUUCCUUUAGACACUGCACAUUCAGUAUACGCAAUCACAGCGCCCUUAAUGAAUCUUACGCACGCGUAUUUGGAAUUGCUCCAACGAUGCAACUGGAUGCGUGUUGCUAUACUCUCUGAUAACACAACAUACUCAAAAGUUUUUAUUAAUAUGCUACUUAACGAAAAAAAACUACUUAUCCGUGAGGAAAUUGUAAAUUUAAAAAAUAUUCGAAUCGCCUUGGAAAAAUUCCGAACUGCAGAUGCUCGCAUUUUCUUUGUUAAUACAAAUUCAAAUAUUUCCGGUGUUAUUUUAUGCACUGCGUUGGAUCUCGGUAUGACACCAGAUGCUGGUUUUGUUUGGAUAGUCAGAGAUUGGAGAAAGGCAAAAUGCAUUGCUGAAAAAGACUGGGGCGGCAUGUACCACAUCACUUUAGGAUUAACAUGGAGAGGAGGACCAACAGCAGGGGGUUCAAGGGUAAUGCAAAGCGAACUUCGUAAACUAUGGCACACUUACAAUAAUGUACUUACUGGAUCAGCAAAUUCUGCAUCCCUGGCGGAUGCUUUCCUAUUUCUUGCUCAUGGAUUUGCUAACUUUCAUAACGAAUAUCCUUCUCAUAUGUAUGAUCUUCGCGGUUUCGGUAAUGCUCAGAAUUUUUCAAAGAUUAUGCAAAAAUUAACAUUAAAUGGAACUGCACAAGAACUUAAAAUUAACGGUGGCGAAAAGCUAGUAUUUAUCGAAAAAUGGUACGGGAACAGAGGUUCUUCAGUCGCCUUGUGGUAUAUAACACUCAAAGGUGUAGUUGACGUUUGGCCCAACAACUCCACUACGUGUACCCAAAUUGUCGGAAUACAGCCAACGGACAGAUACCAUUGCAUAACAUUUACAACAGGAGAUCCAUUUGCACCUCGCUGUCACCUAUUAACGAUUAGUAUUACUAUUACUAUAUUGACUCUAGCAAUCAUAUCGCUCUAUGUUGCUAGACGUGCUCGACUGUCGAGCAUAAGCCGUCGCGAACAAGAGGAAAGUCAAAGAGCUGUAUCUUGGCUGGAUUCAUAUUUAGUACAGCGUAAUUCGAUCAAACUUUUCCAUGAAAUUGGCUCUGGUAGUAAUGGGCAAGUACGUUUUGCUGAAUUAAGGAAACCCGACGAAACAAUCCUAGUUGCUGCCAAAGAACCACAUGAGAGCGUUGGACUUUUCAAAGAGAAUGAAUUAUUACGUGAAGCAUGCCUCCUCGCACUAUUGAACCACGAAAACAUAAUCCGUCUUAUCGGUGUUUGUGUAGGUGGAGGACCUCCUAUUGUUUUAAUGGAGCAUGCAUAUUACAACGAUUUACAUAGAUAUUUAACGUUCCGUCGACAAUUUGUCAUUAGUGCCCGAAGUGGUCAAGUCACAGAUCAGGAAGCUAUGGAAGUAUCGGAGGGUGAACUGACCCGGUUUGCACGAGAAGCAGCUCGAGCACUCGAAUAUCUCACGUCUAAAAGACUAGUGCACAGGGAUGUGCGUGCUGCAAAUUGUCUCGUGGAUAAAAAUCGAUUACUAAAACUAGCCGAUUUCGGAAUGGCUCGCAAGCUAGAUAGUGAAGCAGAUCUAUACAUGACGAGGCGUCGUAGCUUGUUUCCUGUGUUAUGGAUGCCACCUGAAAGCCUCAUUCAAGGAUUGUUCUCACCAGCUUCAGAUAUAUGGUCACUUGGUGUAUUAAUAUUGGAGGUGUGUACACUUGGCGCUCGUCCAUAUAACGAUUGGCCACUUGAGCAAGUGUUUCAUUAUGUUCGAUCAGGGGGGCAUCCACCUCUUCCACCAGACACAUCAAAACAUACACGUAGCUUAGUGUUGGCAUGCUGGCAACAAGAUGUUAAGGCUCGCCCGAGUGCAGCCUUUAUUCAUGAUUUUUUAACACGCAACCCAUACGUAAUAUCUCCAGCUCUGCUGACACCUGACAUGCCUGAACCUAAUUUAUAUUUUAUCAAAAGGGAUAGAACUUUCGAAGAAAUUAAAAGAAGCAGAAGAAAAACAUCAAAAAAUCGUGUUGUAUAAUCUUCUGUCUGGUUUUAUAAUCUUCUGUCUGGUUUAUUCUAUCUAUACAAAAUAAAAUUGGAGUGGCAGUCAAUAAUUUCAAAAUAAAUGCCUCUGUUUAAGAUAAUAUAGCUAUUUGCGAGUUAAAAAAAUCACUACAUUUUUUCAAUUGAUUGGUCCAGGAUAAUCUACAAAAUGGCUAAUUAUUAUAAAUGCAAAAAAACUGAAUUAUUCUGAGAAGUCUUCUAAGGUACCGCUAGAGUCUAUCGAAAGUAUUACUUUCCACUUAAAACUCACGUAAAUUUACGAGUUUAGGUUAAAAAACAUUUAAAAUAGGUGAUUUUAAAGAAUUUUUUCCCAAGCUGAGUCAGAAAAUAAUAAAAUAUAUUAUUCUGAAUGACUAAUCCAAACAUAUAUUAUAAUGUGCAAAAUAAGAUGUAGGUAA